AUGGUACACUCGUGCUUCACCUACGUGCACAUGCACCGCUCUGGUGACGCAGAUCUCUUCGAGGACUUCUGCAAGGACAAGCUGCCGGACGACGAAAUCUACGUCCCGCCUCAGCACCGGCCCAUCAACCCCGAGGACGAGGACGAUGUUGUUCCCGACCAGCAUGCCGCCUUUGGGAUCCAGCGCGCCACGCAGCGUGUCAAGGAGCCCGCGUGGAAGGACCUGGGCUUGUCGGAUCUAAUGAGGAAGGGUCCCGGGCCAGAGAGCAAAGCUGCGGGGCCUAGCAAGAUGCAGAAAGGACUUCCGCGGUGA